AUGACUCUCUACUACACUCUCGUUUUUGUCCUCCUGGUGUUUGAGAUGGCCGUUUUCCUAGGCUUGAUCAUUCCACUUCCCUUCGCCGCUAGGCGGAAGUUGUUUAACUUCAUAUCUGAAAGUCCGAUAGUAGCUAAGAUACAAUACGGUCUGAAGAUUACGUUUAUCUUCAUCCUGAUCCUUUUCAUUGACAGCGUCAAUCGGGUGUAUCGUGUGCAGCUUGACGUGGCCGCUCUUCACAGGGAAGGUGGCAGUGCGGGAGCUGCUGCCAUUGGCACCGAUCGCGCUGAGAUUCAGGCACGGAAGUUCUAUUCGCAAAGGAACAUGUACCUGUGCGGUUUCACACUGUUUCUCUCGCUUAUUCUCAACCGUACUUAUAUCCUGAUGUUGGAUGUACUUCGUCUAGAGGACAAGGUCAAGACACUCGAGGGAAGCAAGAAGGCUGGCGUUAAGGACGCAUCCGAGAUUAGCAGCCUGAAGAAGCAACUCGAAGCCAAGGACGAGAACAUUGCGGCUCUGAAGAAGGAGCUUGAGAAGAAAAACGUUGACAUUGAGACCCUGAAGAAGCAGUCCGAGGGACUGGCUGCUGAAUACAAUAAACUGGGAGACCAGAUCUCACCCAAGACCGAUGAGGCUAGAAAAUCCCAGUAA